GAAUGGAGACUCUACUUUGGGCGUGGUGCUGUGGAGAGUACUUGGCCCUGAUCUGCCUUAUUCCUGUAUAUAAGGUGGUGAUCCAAGCUGGGGUUUAUGGUAGAGGAUAUUUACAGCAAAGUUGCAAAGAAUCAAAUUCUAAUGCAAAAGAUACAAAGCCAGAUAUAUCAGAAAGUUAUAUAUUUGAGUAUUUCAGAAGAGAGUUCCCUAAUCAAGAUUUGAUGAAAAUACCUGGAUCAGUCCCUCCUUGGCUUCUAAAGGAUUAUUUGAGGUAG